ACUCCUCCAAACGCACCCUGAACGUUUAGGGGAGGAAGGGAGGGUAGGUACUUUUAGUGUUGCAUAGCCGCUCAUCGCCCAUUCUAAGCGCAACACCAACAACAUGGCGGACGUGACAGCGGCAGACGGAGAGAAACUCAGCAAAAAUGAGCUGAAAAGGCGCAUGAAAGCUGAGAAAAAGGCGGUUGAGAAGGAAGCUAAAGUUAAGGAGCAGGUGGAGCAAAACGAUCAGGCAAAAGUGAAUGCCUCCGCUCUGGAUGAGGAGACGCUUGACCCCAAUCAAUACUUCAAGAUCCGCUCCCAGGCCAUCCAGGAACUGAAGGGCACAGCGGAGGACCCGUACCCACACAAGUAUCAUAUAGACCUUUCACUGACAGAGUUCAUCGAGAAAUACAGUCAUCUGCAGCCCGGGGACCAGCUCACAGAUGUUGUUCUCAGUGUUUCAGGCCGCGUUCAUGCCAAGAGAGCUUCUGGUGCCAAGCUCAUUUUCUACGACCUGCGAGGUGAAGGCAACAAGCUGCAAGUCAUGGCAAACUCCAGAAACUAUAAAUCAGAAGAGGACUUCAUUGCCAUCAACAAUAAACUACGCCGCGGUGACAUCAUCGGUGUGCAGGGGAAUCCAGGAAAAACCAAAAAAGGGGAACUGAGCAUCAUUCCGAUUGAGAUGACUCUGCUGUCACCAUGUUUGCACAUGUUGCCCCACCUCCACUUUGGCCUAAAAGACAAGGAAACACGAUACCGACAGCGGUACUUGGAUUUGAUUCUCAAUGACUACGUGAAACAAAAGUUCAUAACUCGCGCCAAAAUCAUCACAUACCUGCGCAGCUUCCUGGACCAGCUGGGAUUUUUGGAGAUCGAGACACCAAUGAUGAACAUCAUACCCGGUGGAGCAGUGGCGCGCCCUUUCAUUACCCACCACAACGAGCUGGAUAUGAAACUGUACAUGAGGAUUGCCCCUGAGCUCUACCACAAGAUGCUUGUGGUUGGUGGAAUGGACAGAGUGUAUGAGAUUGGCCGCCAGUUCAGGAAUGAGGGCAUUGAUCUCACUCAUAACCCAGAGUUCACCACCUGUGAAUUCUACAUGGCCUAUGCGGACUACCACGAUCUGAUGGACAUCACAGAGAAACUCCUGUCAGGGAUGGUGAAGCACGUCACUGGGGGGUACAAGGUGACCUAUCACCCCGACGGUCCGGAGGGACAGGCCUACGAGAUUGACUUCACCCCACCGUUCAGAAGAGUGAGCAUGACGCACGACCUGGAGAAAAUAAUGGGGGUUAAAUUCCCUCCGGCCGACAGCUACGACAGCGACGAGACGCGCAAGUUCUUUGACGAGCUGUGCGCCAAAAAGGGCGUGGAAUGCCCCCCUCCCAGGACCACGGCCCGACUCCUCGACAAGCUGGUUGGAGAUUUCCUGGAGGUCACGUGCAUCAACCCGACGUUCAUCUGCGAUCACCCUCAGAUCAUGAGCCCGCUGGCCAAGUGGCACCGGGCGCAGAAAGGCCUAACGGAGCGCUUUGAGCUCUUUGUGAUGAAGAAGGAAAUCUGCAACGCCUACACAGAGUUGAACGAUCCCAUCAGGCAGAGGGAGCUCUUUGAGCAGCAGGCUAAGGCCAAAGCCGAGGGCGACGACGAGGCCAUGUUCAUCGACGAGACCUUCUGCACGGCCCUGGAGUACGGUCUGCCCCCCACCGCCGGCUGGGGGAUGGGCAUCGACCGUCUCGCCAUGUUCCUCACCGACUCCAACAACAUCAAGGAGGUGUUGCUGUUCCCGGCCAUGAAGCCUGAUGACAAUAAGGCCACUGCUCCCACAGAGGGCUCUGCUGAGUAAGGACUCCGCUUCUGUUGCGUCUCAGCUGGAGCUGGUGUGAAGUAGGAUGCUUUACCUCACUGUGGUCAUCAGCGGAGUCUGCAGGCUUUGUUUUGUUUUGGGUUUUGGGUUUUGUUUUGUUUUGUUUUUUCAAUGUAAAUUGUUGGAACAGGAUGUCUGUGUUCAGUGGUUUGAGGGUUUUCCAUCAUGAAGGGAAAUAAUCUUCUCGUUGUCACAUCACUGACUGCUAAAGAGUAAGGAAUGGGUUUUCUUUUAUAUUUCGUACACUUAAAUAUGCUCGUUUUCACCGCUUCCUAUUUUUCAGUUAGUCAUUUAAAUCCUUCUUCUUCAUCUACUAAUUGAAUUAAAAGAAGAAAGGAGAGAGCUGUGCAAACCAGGAAGUAAUGCUUCUGAGAAGACUUGGAGCCAAAGGGGGCACUUGAUUUUUCGUUACCAAUUACACAACUUGGUUACGUGUCCUAAAAAAAAAACGCAAACUGAUAUUUUAAAUGUUCUUUCCAUAUUCAUGUGAUUUUUACUGGGUGUUCUUGUAUUCCUCAAGAAAUUCAAAAUCCCUGCCAAGGAGUUUAAAGAUUGUUAUGUCUGAAUAAAGUGCAUAUGAAAUAA